AUGACGAAAAGGACUGAGAGGGAAGAAGAUGAUACUGUUAGGUAUGCCACCCUUGCUUGUGCUCGUGAUGGGAAGGCCCUUAAUAGAAUUUUCAAUGUUGUCAAUCCACAUCUGACAGGAAAGACGGAAUGUAAGGCAAGAUUUAAUGCCUUAAAAUCUGAUGGAAAACUUCAGUUGACUACGAUUCAUAACAUCCAUAACCACGACCGUAGUCCAAAGAAAUCUCAUUUCUUUCGGUAUAAUAGAGAAGUGAGUGAUGCUAUAAAAAGAGUUUUAAAUACAAAUGAUAUGGCUGGUGUCCGAAUGAACAAGAGCUUUGGAUCUCUUGUUGUUGGCGCAGAUGAUGACGGGAGGUUAAAGAAUGUCUUCUGGGUAGACCCCCGUAGUAGAGCAGCCUACCAAUAUUUUGGUGAUGUGGUCACAUUUGACACGACAUAUCUGACGAAUAGAUAUGGGAUGCCGUUUGCACCAUUUGUUGGUGUAAACCACCAUGGGCAGUCAAUUCUCUUGGGAGCAGGAUUGAUUUCCAGUGAGGAUACGAAGAUCUUUGUGUGGUUAUUUCAAACUUGGUUGCAGUGUAUAGAUGGUAUAGCUCCUAAAACUAUUAUCACUGACCAAGAUAGAGCAAUGAAAAAUGUAAUUGGUAUUGUUUUCUCAAAUACCCGACAUAGAUUUUGUCUGUGGCAUAUACUGAACGAAGUGCCUGAAAAACUUAGUUCCUAUAGUUCUUACAAAACUGGAAUGAAAAAUGCAUUAAUGAAAUAUGUGUAUGACAGCCAAAGUGUUGAUGAGUUUGAGACAAGUUGGGUUGAGUUAAUUACCAUGUAUAAUUUGCAAGAAAAUAUGUGGUUACAAAGUUUAUAUGCUGAUCGUGAGUAUUGGGUUUUAGCAUUUUUGUAA